AGAAGGUAGUUGUUGGAAUUGUGACACCCAGCCUCACAGAUUCUCAGCUUUUGCCAUUUGCGAUUGUGACAUCUCACCGUGCGUAUAUUGCUGCACAGGAAGGUGGUGUGUAGGGGGUUGCAAGUGGCGAGCAGUGAGAUAAUGCUUUGUUCCAGUAAGAGAAAGGUAACCUGAAUUUGGAGGCUGAUCUGGAGUAAACCAUUUUAUUAUACUACAGUGCAACAAAAUACUUUGUCACCACGUUACUUGUAACAUCCAUCUUGGAUGAAUUGGCGGGGCUGGAAUUCCAACUGCUUAUUCACAAUAAAGGAUCCCUAAUGUGCUGAGCAGAACACUUCUUAUAUUGGACAAUAUUUGAGAGUCCAGCUGCUCUCACUUUAAACGUCAUUGUUCUCUUCUGGGCUUUAUCAGCUGGCAAAGUUUUUCUGUUCUUAAGACAUUUGUGAAGCGAAAAGCUCACUUAGAGUUCCGCUUUCUCCCUUUUCCAGAACUUCACUAAGGAGAUUUCCAGGCAUCCGUCACUGUUCAGGCCAUGCUAUGACAGUCAAAGAAAAGAAUCAGAAGAAUAUUGACUGUUGCUGUUUCAAGAUGACCUCUGAAGAAAUAGCUGCUUCUGUGUUUGCGACCAUAGGGCCAGGAAAGAUGAUAUCAGCCCAGUCAGCUGAAGAUGAAAAUAGGCUGAGUAGUUCAGGCUGUGAUAAAAUAAGACAUGUUGUCGAUGAAGGAAUACUGGAUGUGGAUCCAAUGUCAAUCAUUCAGGGUCCUCCAGAGGCUCCUUUAGAGUUGCAGGGUAUGCUGCCAGUGAUGUCUAUAGCACAACUGACUGCAAAAUACAAUGCUAAAAGUGCAAGAGAAUUCGAGGAUAGCGAAAUGGGGUCUUCAAGCUCAAAAGUGGGACAUGACAAUGUAAACAACUGCAAGUCUAGCCAGGGAAAUUGUAACUCCAGCCUGUUUUCGGAUCAAUCACCAGAGAAACUUAAUAAAUCAUGGCAUUUGCAAACCGAUGAAGACAUGCACUGGAAGCCCAAGAGUUUCCCCUCUUGCUUGGGAGGAGGGAUCAAGGGAAAGGAUAAAGAUUCAACAGAGGAAAGGUCUUCAAUAGAGCUGCCAUCAUUAUACAACCAAAAGGGAAUGGAAGACAAUUAUCCACACGGUGCUUUGGAGAUAAAACACCAUGUCAGCUGUGAGAAUGAAAGGUACCAUGCAUUUUGUCCUGGCCAAUGUUCACUGGGGACUUCAAUUUGCAAUGUAGAACAUAACUAUCGAUCCCCACCCUUUAGUUGUACAUCAAAAGCGCUAUUACAAUUUCGAAAGGACUACGUUGCUCAAAGAGUGCACAACAAUAAUGAUGGCUGCCCAGGUUUGCAUGCCACACAGGUUGGAUUAGGCAGACUGCAGAGAAAGCUAAAGGAGAAAACCUUAACUGAUAGGUCUGAGGGAGGUCAUUCGAUGAACCGAUUUUCCAUGAAACCUUCCGUUAGCUAUCCUGAAGAUUUAGGCAAUGGCUUUGAAGAAGGGACGGGUGAUGAGUUUGAACGAAACAAAAAGGAGCGCUCUACCUUGCUGUUUAGAAGAUACAAUAAGAAUAACCGAGAGGUGAAGAAAUCAGUUUAUACUGGAUCCAGGGCAUGGACAAGAAGAUUACCAUCGGGCUAUAUAGGUGCAAAGGCCAGGAAGGCCAUCAGCCAAAAGAAGAACAUUCAUCUUGAUGCCAAACUUCCUAGUGUUCCUGAUGAGAAGCUGAUGAUAUGUCAAGCUAUGUUGCUGGGAGAUGACUGGGUUCAUUCCUGGACCAAUUCCAGCAGGUGUGAGGUCCAUAAUGUACUGAGAGGAGCGGGGACAGCAGAAUCACUCGAUUACCUCCUACAUCCAUCGAGAAAGAUCUUGGCUUCAGCAGUUGUCUACAGAAGCUGUGGAGGUGGGACUUGCAUUAAACUGUGUGUCCAUGACGCUGUGCCUGAGCUCCGUGCCACCCUGCACAGGACUGCUGUCUCUGACCACGUGGCUGGCGCUCUGCUAGAAGCAACCACAGCCACCGGGGCAAGGAGCGCGCUUCCCAGUCCGUUAGGGGCACCCCCUGGAAGAGCGAUGCUUAAAGAGCGCCAACUCUGCAUAACCAUGGCUGGCUCAAGCACCCUGCCAUCCAAUGUAACUGGCAUCAGCAAGGAGCUGGCAGACCUGCGACACCUGAUCCAAUUCCCUGAAGAGAUUGCCAGUAUUCUGACCGAGCAAGAGCAGGAACUCUAUCGCAAGGUCCUACCACUUGACUACCUCUGUUUUCUGACCAGGGAUUUGGCAAACCCAAGUUGUUCCAGCAGGUCCCCCCCCCUCAAAACCUCCUCAUCGGCACCUGUACUCAGCAACAAAAAUGCGGAACACAACGCAGUUGAAGAUCUGGUGGCAAGAUUCAACGAGGUGAGCUCCUGGGUGACAUGGUUGAUCCUGACUGCCGGCUCCAUGGAGGAGAAGAGGGAAGUGUUCUCUUUCUUGGUUCAUGUGGCCAAGUGUUGCUGGAACAUGGGUAAUUACAAUGCAGUGAUGGAAUUCCUGGCAGGCCUCAGGUCCAGGAAGGUUCUGAAGAUGUGGCAAUUUAUGGACCAAUCUGAUAUUGAAACUAUGAGAAGCCUGAAAGAUGCUAUGGCACAGCACGAAUCAUCGUCCGAAUAUCGGAAAGUCGUAAGCCGUGCUCUGAACAUCCCUGGCUGUAAAGUGGUCCCCUUCUGUGGAGUGUUCCUGAAGGAGUUGUGUGAUGCCCUGGAUGGCGCUGCCACUUUGAUGAAAUUUCACUCACGCUGUGAUUCUCAGGAAGACACCAUUGAGUUUGUUGCAGACUAUAAUGGCCAGGACCAUUUCUUUCAACGGCUUGGAAAAGAUGGACUCAACAACACUGAGAAAGAAUCCACAGUAAACAACAUUCUCCAGACUAUUCGAAGCUGUAACAGAAGCCUGGAGUGCGACGAAGGAGAAGAAGGUACCAGUGAUAGUUGCACUACACGGAAGAACUCUUUCAAAGACAGAGGCAAAUAUCACACAACAGCAAGAGUGAAGAAAACUUCAGAAUCAAAUCGAGUGUUGUUCAUUGUUGGAGAUCUGUCUGACUCAGAAAGUGAUUCCUUUGAGCAGACCAGUGAGUGGGAUCUGAGUGGGGCAGAGGAUCAGCAAAAGGCAUUCUGUCAUGAGACAGAACUUAUUCCUUGGUAUGUGCUGUCCAUCAGAGCUGACAUCCAUCAGUUUCUCCUACAAGGGGCCACUGUCAUACAUUAUGACCAGGAGGCUCACCUUUCAGCACGAUGUUUUCUCAAACUGCAACCUGACAACUGUACUCUAACCUGGUCAAAACCACCUACAGCCAGCCCUGCCAACGCCAAGGUAAAAAGCAUGGUUUUGGGUAAUAGUGUGGACCUUUGUAAUAGCAAAUUUCAGCUGUAUGGGCACAUAGCACUAAAUGGACUUGUGGAAGGUUUCUUGGACAUGUCUGCAGUGAAAGCUGUCUAUAUGGGACAUACAGGAAUUGAUCUGAAUACUGUAUGCAUACAAAACAAACUGUGCCAUAUGACGCUGGAGGACAAUUGUGUGACACUGCUGUAUGGGGUCCAUACAACUGAUAACCGAUUGCUGCACUUUGUGGCCCCCAAGUACACUGCUAAGAUGGUGCAUGAUGGAUUACAGGAUUUAAUGUCGGCUGUGAGAAAAAUGAAGAAGUUUCCUGACCAGAGACUGCAGUGGUUGAGGAAGCAGUACGUCAGCUUAUAUCAGGAGGAAGGCAAGUUUGAAGGACCAACACUGGCUCAGGUUAUUGAGCUCUUUGGAGGCAGGCGAUGGAUCAGCAGAAACACAACCACAGCAACUUUAAACCGAAACACUGAAAAAUCCAGCCUGCAGCGUAACAACACACUGGGAAUGAGCACAGCCAAAAAGAUAAAGAAAUCAUUAAUCAGGGGAGAGAGUGGGGACAUCACUGAUGAGGAAACCUGUGCACGUAAGUCCCGAAGCUACAAAGAAUCUCGAAGCAGGAGUGGCUCUGAUCCCGCAGACUUUGAUGAACAAGAAGAAUCAGAUCUGAGCAUCUCAAUGGGUUCUCCUGGUUCCUAUACACUCCCUACAAGAGCUCGUUCUCUCACCACCCCAUGUUCCGCCUCAUUGGGCCCUCCAACAUCAACUCCAGUGAGGCCCGCCUCUUCUCCGGUCCUGUCAACUGUCAACAAGGCCAAAGCUGGCACAAGAGGGAGUAAUAGCUGGCAUGGUCGUGUGAAAGGAGGGCUGAAAGGAUUCCAAGACUUCAUGGUCUCUGAUAGCAACAUGAGCUUCAUUGAAUUUGUUGAACUUUUCAAAUCAUUCAGUGUACGAAGUCGGAAGGACUUGAAGGAUCUCUUUGACAUUUACUCUGUAUCGUGUAACCGUUCUGGCUCGGAAUCCACCCCAUUGUACACAAACCUAACCAUAGAUGACAAGAUCAGUGGGCUGCAGCCUGACCUAGACCUUUUGACAAGAAACGUAUCUGACCUUGGUCUGUUUAUAAAGAGUCGACAGCAAAUAUCAGACAAUCAGAGACAGAUUUCGGAUUACAUUGCUGCUACUAGCAUAGUCACCAAUCGAGUGGAAAUUGCUUCCCUGGGAGAGAGCGGAAUGGGAAUUCAACAACUGAAUGACUUCCUGGUAAACUGUCAAGGAGAGAACCACACGUACGAUGAGAUCCUCAGCAUUAUCCAGAAAUUUGAGCCAUCAGUCAACAUGCGCCAACAGGGAUUGAUGUCAUUUGAGGGCUUUGCAAGGUUUCUAAUGGACAAGGAGAAUGUUGCUUCAAAGAAUGAUGAAUCCCAAAUUAAUGUUGAGGAUUUACAGUAUCCGCUUUCGUAUUAUUACAUUGAAUCCUCUCAUAACACUUAUCUCACUGGGCAUCAACUUAAAGGAGAAUCCUCAGUGGAACUUUACAGCCAGGUGCUGUUGCAGGGAUGCCGGAGUGUAGAGCUGGACUGCUGGGAUGGAGAUGAUGGCAUGCCAAUCAUAUAUCAUGGGCACACUCUCACCACAAAGAUCCCAUUUAAGGAUGUUGUCGAAUCGAUCAAUCGCAGUGCCUUUGUAAACUCUGAGAUGCCAGUUAUUUUAUCAAUAGAGAAUCACUGCUCACUGCCUCAGCAGCGGAAAAUGGCAGAAAUAGUUAAGAAUAUAUUUGGAGACAAGCUGGUGACAAAAUUUUUGUUUGAGAGUGACUUUGCGGAUAAUCCAAUGCUCCCAUCAGUGUGGCAACUCAAAGGAAAAAUCCUCCUCAAAAACAAGAAACUGAAAGCCCAUCAGACUCCAGUGGAUAUUCUUAAACAAAAGGCACACCAGCUAGCAAACCUGCAGGCGCAGGCCAGUAAUGGUGGCCCAACUGGCUCGGCUGCCCCCAACAAUGAUGAGGAAGAUGAUGAAGAUGAUGACUAUGACUAUGAUUAUGAAUCUCUCUCCGACGACAAUAUCCUUGAUGACAGGCCCGAAAACAAACCAUCGAGUGAUAAAUACCACUUUGAGUACACAGAAGAAACUCCACGGAGAAUUAAGAAAAUAUCGACUGACGCAGUGUUACACAGCAAAGAAAAGACAAAGCAGAAAAGAUUUAUUGUUUACGAUAUGGAAUUGGGUGAAGAGUUCUACCUGCCCCAAAACAAAAAGGAGAGCAGACAGAUAGCACCCGAACUCUCAGACCUCGUCAUCUAUUGUCAGGCUGUUAAAUUCACAGGCCUUUCGACUUUAAAUGCAACAGGAUCAAGUAGAGGCAAAGUGAAACCCAACAGGAAAUCUAACAGAAUGAGCCCUGGGGAGUCAAUGACAUCAAUUAAGGCAUCUGGAAGAGCAACUUCUUUUGAAGGCAUAAGAAAGAACUGUGAAGAACCAUCUUCUCCUCCGUUUAACCCAACCACCUCCCUUAGCGCUAUAAUCAGGACACCCAAGUGUUAUCACAUCUCGUCAGUGAAUGAGAACACUGCCAAGCGGCUAUGCAGGCGUUAUUCCCAGGAAUUGAUCCAACACACAGUUUGCCAGCUGCUUCGGACAUAUCCUGCUGCUACCCGGAUCGACUCCUCUAACCCAUCACCUCUCAUGUUCUGGCUCCACGGGAUACAGUUGGUUGCUCUCAAUUACCAAACAGAUGAUCUUCCAAUGCAUCUGAAUGCAGCCAUGUUUGAAGCCAAUGGUGGAUGUGGCUACGUCUUAAAGUCGCCAGUCUUAUGGGACAAAAACUGUCGAAUGCACAAUCAGUUCUCUCCCCUGGAAAGAAUAGAGAAUAUGAGUCCAUCGCUACAUUGUCUAACAAUCAUUUCUGGACAGUAUGUUUGUCCCAGCAAUACAUCAGGGAGUCCGUGCGUUGAGAUUGACGUGCUUGGUAUGCCACAGGAUAGCUGCCACUUUCGCACCAAGCCCAUUCAUCGCAACACCCUGAACCCUAUGUGGAAUGAGCAGUUCUUCUUCCACGUUUACUUUGAAGACCUUGUUUUCUUACGGUUUGUGGUGGUGGAGAAUAAUAGCUCCACUGUAACAGCUCAAAGAGUCAUCCAAUUAAAAGCGCUUAAAGGAGGGUACAGACAUCUACAACUUAAAAACUCUCAUAAUGAAUCUCUGGAGAUAUCCAGUCUCUUCAUUUACAGUCGAAGAAUGGAGGAAAACAACACUGGGAACCUAAUACCUUCAUCAGUGUUGUUUAAUAACGAGGACCACAGAUCUGGAGUCAGUUACCAGGUUACAAUUCAUGGAGUGCCAGGUCCUGAACCAUUCACAGUUUUUGCCAUCAAUGAGAAGACCACAGCUGGACAGUUAGUGGACAAAAUUGUAGUCAUUUUGGGUGGCUCAGAGGCAGAUACCGCUGACUACUUCCUUCUGGAAGAGAAAACUCCCCUUUCUAAAGACAAAAAUGAAUGUAAGAAGCCCCCAUUCCAGAGAGUCAUAAGUCCAGAGGAGGAGAUCCUGAAAAUUCCACUGUGUUGGUUCCCAGAGGAAGGAUUUGUAGGAAAAAUUGUCUUCAAAACCAAAGAGGAGGAGCUGAAUCAAAGGAACACCAUGAAUGAAGAACGUGAUGAUCUGAGUUACAACAGCACUCCAACAGAAGGCGAUAGUUUCUUGGUUCAGGUGCAUGAUGUCUCCCCAGAACAGCCUCGUACAGUCAUCAGGGCUUCAAAGUUCAGCACAGCCCAAGACAUUAUUCUGCAGGCAUUAAGUAAAGCCAAGUAUUCCUACAGCAUCCUGAGCAACCCAAAUCCCAGUGACUAUGUCCUCGUGGAGGAGGUCAUCAAAGAGCCAUUAAACAAGAAAUCGUCAAUGGCGAAGCCUGCUCUUCGGAUCCUUUCUGAGCAUGAGAGUGUGUUUGUAGCUCAGAGCAGAUGGAAAGGAGCAGGAAAAUUCAUCCUCAAGCUGAAAGAGCAAGUGCAGGCUGCACAGGAGAAGAAGAAAGGCCUUUCUUUUGCUAAUGAACUGAAGAGAUUCACAAAAUCAAGUAAACAGAGCCGGAGCUUUUCAAUUCCACUUCAGGCAACCUCCCCAGAAAGCACCCAGAGUAAGGAUGAAAAAGCUGCAUGUAGUGUGCCAUUUGCUGAGAUCACUGAGUAAAACCUGUUACGUGAUUGCAGUAUGUGACUGCCCAGGUUGUCGUAAAAUGGACCUCAAUAAUUCUUCUGUGGUACUGUGCCAAAAUGAAGCACAGGAACUUUUAACCAAUGCUGGAGAAAACCAGAAACCUUGUAACGUCAGUCCUCCCUCUGCCUCCUGGUAUUUUGCUCUAAUGAAAAACUGGAAAUUGCACAAAUAACUUUUCUAAAUAACAAAAUCCAAUCAUUGAAAUGAAACAGAUCAUCUGGUGAUACACAGGAAAAUGGGUCAGCAACAAGUUCCAAACAAGCUGGGCUCGUUUUGAUGUACUUUAUUUUAACAAGGAAGAGGGCAUGUGAACAAACGGCCACCAAUACUGUUGGGCUUUUUCACAGACAAGAGCGAAAUGCAGUCUUCAGUUAGACUGGGUAUGGAAAUAUGCAGGUACAACCCGAAGAACCUUUCAAGUUGUGAGUUGUAAAACAUUGUGCACUUUCCCAAUUACUUAUUUGAAGGAUUUGUAGGUUUUAAAGGUACCUAUAUGCUUUCUGAACUGGGAUCAUGCUAGAAGCCAGCUUUGGUAGUAACAUUAAGCUGAAUUGUCCCACAACGUUCCUUCAUUUUGUUGAUGUUUACAAGAUAGUAAAAUGAGAUAUUCUUGAUAGAAUGUGCUGGAUCCAUGCAUAAAAUCUGAUGAAAAGCAGUGUUCAUAUAGAAGCUAAUGAUGUAAUUUUACUGCAGUAGGAAAUCAUGUAAAUUUCUAGGUAUGUAAAACACUGUGCCAUGUUUGUAUUAAAAUAAUUGUUAGAUUGAAUUAUUUAUUUAAGCAGAGAUUUAACACUUUGCAGUUAUAUAUUCUCAUGUUUAAGUUCCAAGUGGUAAGCUUAUUUUGAUACUAUAGAACACAACUUUUAAUUAUUUUUUAUUUACAAUUGCCCACUUUCAUGCACAUAUCUGAUAAUUGUGUGUGUAUAUAUAUAUAUAUAUAUGUGUGUGUGUAUUUGAAUUUUUGUGAAAAAUGAAAUCAAACAGGAAAAGAAUUUCCUUGUUUUUUCCUUAACUGUUGACUAUGUACUUUAAUGCAUUAUGUGCUGUUAGGACAAAAUUCUUUUAAAAAAAAUACCAUCAAUGUGCAAAAAAAUUGCGAGUGUUUGGCAGCUUGUGUGUACUUAAUUUACCUUAAUGGAGUGACUAAGCAGCUGUCGUGUUUAAACGCUUCACUAAAUGAGUUAUGACUUUGAAACACAGAAGACAUUUAGCAACUGUUCAAAUAGAGCUACAGCUGUGACACAUCAAAAAAUUGACCACAAGACCCACUAUGAUAUAAAAGUACAAAGCACCUAACCUACCCAAAUAACAGUAACAGCAGCAACAGAGGCUGAUAGAAAACACUUCCUCUCCUUAAAGCUUCCGAAAGCUGCUAUUUUAUUUUUCUAUGUGCCUGACUGGGCGAUAACUAAUCAUCAAUUCUGCAGCUUGGACAACAAAAGAAUAUGACAGUAACUUAUUAAACUGGUAACAAAUACUAAAUAGUAUGCAUUAAGUAAAUUGUUUUGAGAUUUGUAAGAAUAAAGUCAAGAAACAGCCACUAGCUGUUUCAAAAUUUUGUUUGAACUUGCCUCUUAAAGGGCUUUAAUUUUUUCAGCAUUUUCAUUCAUAUAUUAUAAACUACAAGAAAAGCCUAAAUAUAUAGUUUGCUCCCUACAUUUUCUUGUUUAAAAGAGCCAUCAAGAAAGCUCAAGGGAAGAGCUGAUAUUUCUGCUUUGCUGAAUUUCAAUAUUAAUUAAUAUUUCUGCUCUAGAUAAUCUCAGAAACUCUGCUAGAAGACCCAGUUAAAAACUAACUGACUGGGCCAUUUUCAUCUACACUAAUUAUUUAGACAAGACUUUUAGUUGAAACUUUGUUGUUGGCACAUCAGCAUAGUUGGCAGAUAUGUCAUAUAACCAGUUCUUUGUACUUUCAAUAUAACUUGCUUAUCUACCGUCCUGUCUUAUCUCUUCCUCGGAGAUGGGUAUACUUUUUUUUAAAAAAUGUUUAAAUGAAAUUAAAAUGUUAUGGAAAGUGAAAUCUCCAGGUGGCAUUUGACAUAAAAAACACUAUUUGCUGCAACUAAUUCAGUUGGUUUGAUUUUGCAUAUCCUCAGACAGAUUGCAGUAAUUAUUUAUUUACUUCUCUUUGAAUUUUUUUGUGUUAACAUCACACUAUGAUAUUGGUAACAAUUAUCACAAUCAUAAAAUUCCUGUUAAUAGAUUGUCUUUUGUUAGAAAAUGAAGAGUGUUGUUGAAUGAAUAUUCCACAUUGAGAUUGAACAUUUCAUUGUUUCAUUUGUGUCCAACACAUGAUCUGUUUAUAGGAUUAAUGUUUUUUUUCCCCUAACUGACCGCUGCUCGAUCUGAACAGAAGCUUUGUGCUUCUUACAUUUUGGUUAUGUUUCUUUUCUAGACGUUUUGCUGUUCAUAAAUUAACUUUGUUUCUUAAGUCUGUUGUUUUAACCAUACCUUUUUAUAAGAUUAGUGAACGUCAAUUAAAAAUAAGUUUAAAUGGUACACUCUAGCCAUUUGUACAUAUACAUCUAAUGGAGCCUUGUGCACGUGGCACAAAUAUUAGUGCCAUGGAUUGAUGUCAAAGUACAUUCACUUAAUAAAGGCUGAUAAGUACAUGGUCUUAAGUUUUGUAAAUACUACAGUUGAACUGUAUAAUGCAUUUUCCUUGCAGUGAAUGUUUUAUUUAUCAGAUUGAACUAUUGGGUAAAUUACAAUUGUCAGCAAUUGUGUGAGAGAAACCCACAAUUCAUCUAUUAACUUUACUGUAUUUAGUUCUAUUGAUAUGCAAAGGACAUGUCUUGAUUACUGAAGGUGUUGGUAUUCUAAGAAUUUUAACAGUGCAAUGUUAUGUUUUUAAGGGUUGAAACAUUGUGCCAAAUGUCAUUUUUAUACAAAUCAUGUUUUCAGAUUGUAUAUGAAUUGUGUUGUGAAUUAAUGUUGGAUGUAUUUAUAUCUAUAACUUACUUUAAAAAUGUGUAUUAAUGUUGAAUUGACCAGAAUAAAUAUGAAAUUGGAUCAUG